AUGAAGUUCAGUCUUACCCUCGUCAUAGCAGCAGCAGCUGGCGGCUCACACGCAAAAGCCUGCAACCCCUGGUUCGGAGAUUGCGUUUCUUUUUACAAUGGAAUCAACUGUGAAGGCGAAUUGGGCAAUUAUGUUCCUACCAAUGGAGGAAACUGCUUUGUGUUUAGUGCAUUCACUUCUAUAUUUGCUGCCAGAGGCUCUUUUUCCAACGAUGUCAACUGCCGGAUGUUUUCUGAUACAAAUUGUCAGAACGAAAUCGCCAGUGUGUCAACUGAGGGCACUGGAGUGGCUGGUAACUGCGGUCAUGUUCCUCUUGACUCCAAUGGACUUCCCAUUCAGUUUGCGCAGUCUAUGAUUUGCAUUGCUUAA